GGGCUCCGAGCCCACAUGUAGGUCCGGCAGGGGCAGGUCUGGGAGUGGGUAUGGAUGGGAAAGUUGAGGGGGUUUCUGCAGGUGCUAUUGUAGGGCAAGUCCCAUCAGGAACUGGCGUGGCUGGUGUAACUGCUACUACCGCAGCAGUGGGAGAGGCAGCAUCAACAGGUGUAGAUGCAACGUUACCAGCAGCAGCAGCAGCAGCGGCAGCAGCAGCAGCAGCGGCAGCAGCGGCAGGAGCGGCGGCAGUGGGUGCUGCUGCGGUUCCAGGUAAAGUGCCUGCAGAAGGAACAGGAGGUGGAGCAGGGGCAGGGGCAGGAGCAGGAGCAGGAGGAGCAGCAGCGGGAGUGGCAGGCAUAGCUGGGACAGGGGCCGAAGCAGCAAGCAAUGUAGGAGCCAGUGCGCCUGGGGCAAAGGCGACUGGGGUAAAACUGGGGGCAGGAGCAGGAGCAAAAGCAGGUGCGGGUGGGAAACCAGCUAAUGCUGCUUCUGGUGCUGGUGGUGGUGGUGGUGGUGGUGGUGGUGCUGGUGGUGCAGGGGCAGUGGCAGCGGCUGCUGGGACUCCUGGGGCCCGGCCGUUGACCAAGUAUGAGAAGGCUAAGCUGAGAAAAGAGGCGAAGAAGCGAGAGGAGGAGGCGAAGCGGAAGGCGGAAGAGGAGGAGAAGAAGCGGAUCGCAGCUGGGGGGGCACCUGACGCUGCUGCUGCUUCUGGUGCUGCUGGUGCUGGUGGUGGUGGUGGUGCUGCUGCUUCUGGUGGUGCUGCCGGUCCUGGCAGACCAGCAGCAGGCGCAGGGCGGGCUGCUCCUGCCAAGCGCAGCGAGGUUGUUUUUGAGAGUUCUCAGAAACAAACUCGCUACACAGGGCCGGCUGCUCCUGCCAGGCCCUUCCCAGCAGCAGAACCACAGGUUCGUUCCCAUCCCAUCCCUCCAUCCUCCUCACUGAAGCAGAAGCCAUCUUCUCCCAACCAGCCAGGCCACCAGCAGGGGCGUUUUGAGACGUCUCAAAACACUCCUUCUUUCAUGUGGCGUUUUGAGACGUCUCAAAACACUCCUUCUUUCACGUGGCGUUUUGAGACGUCUCAAAACACUCCUUCUUUCACGUGGCGUUUUGAGGCGUCUCAAAACACUCCUUCUUUCACGUGGCGUUUUGAGACGUCUCAAAACACUCCUUCUUUCACGUGGCGUUUUGAGACGUCUCAAAACACUCCUUCUUUCACGUGGCGUUUUGAGACGUCUCAAAACACUCCUUCUUUCACGUGGCGUUUUGAGACGUCUCAAAACACUCCUUCUUUCACGUGGCGUUUUGAGACGUCUCAAAACACUCCUUCUUUCACGUGGCGUUUUGAGACGUCUCAAAACACUCCUUCUUUCACGUGGCGUUUUGAGACGUCUCAAAACACUCCUUCUUUCACCAAGAAGCCCAAGCCCGACAACGACGGGAUAGAGCAGCUGUUUGAGGCAUCUCAAUGCAAGAAGCCCAAGCCUGACAACGACGGGAUAGAGCAGCUGAAUGACGUGACAGCAGUCAGCGGGGUGAACCUCAGGAUGGCUGAAAAGGUGGGUGGGGAGGGGGACAGACAGCAGCUGAAUGACGCGACAGCAGUCAGCGGGGUGAACCUCAGGAUGCAGCAUUUGCCUACAUUUGAGCAGCUGAAUGGCGUCACAGCAGUCAGCGGGGUGAAUGGCGUCACAGCAGUCAGCGGGGUGAAUGGCGUCACAGCAGUCAGCGGGGUGAAUGGCGUCACAGCAGUCAGCGGGGUGAAUGGCGUCACAGCAGUCAGCGGGGUGAAUGGCGUCACAGCAGUCAGCGGGGUGAAUGGCGUCACAGCAGUCAGCGGGGUGAAUGGCGUCACAGCAGUCAGCGGGGUGAAUGGCGUCACAGCAGUCAGCGGGGUGAAUGGCGUCACAGCAGUCAGCGGGGUGAAUGGCGUCACAGCAGUCAGCGGGGUGAAUGGCGUCACAGCAGUCAGCGGGGUGAACCCGUGGGGUGGGUGGGUGUCUGGUUCCUUGUUCCAGGGUGGGUGGGUGUCUGGUUCCUUGUUCCAGGGUGGGUGGGUGUCUGGUUCCUUGUUUUGGUACCGCUCACCUCUUCCUAUCGCUGCAUCUUCAUCAACCUCACUCCGUGAGGAGGAGGAGGAGCAGUUAUUGGCGAUGGCAGUGGCGGGGGACGCGCAGCAGAAGGUGCAGGGGGAGGCAUGGCGGCGCAUGGCGAAGGAGGAGGAGCAGCGGCUGCUGAUGGACCGGCCGCUGCUGCGCGCAGUGGUGGGGCGGAUAGCUUCCAAGGCUGGUCUUCGCACUGUCAGCGACUCAGUCUACGUGUGCCUUUCAAGGGCACUAGAGGAGCGAAUGCACUCACUGCUCGCAGCACUCUCCAGACUAUCAGCCCAUCGCCUUGGCCAGCAUCGGCACCAACUGUUGCAGCGGCCGCAACAGCAACAACAACAACAAGAAGAUAAAAAACUGGAGGAGCGAAUACAGCAGCAACAGCAACAGCAGCAGCAGCAGCAUGUUCCAGUGAUGCAAGUGACGUCAAAUCCACUGCAGCAGCUGAGGCUGAUGCAGAGGGCAGAGAGGGAGGCGGAGGAGAGGAGAGCAGCAGAGGAGAGAGAGAGACUCAGAAGACUAGGAGAGAAGGAGAGCAAGGAGAAGGAGAAGGCAAACAUGACAGAGAAAGAGAAGGAGGAGCACCGGAUCAAGGCUCAGAAGGCGAAGGAGAUGGAGGAGGAGAAGGAGAAGGCAACUCGGGCGAAUGAAGCUGCGAGGGUGGCGGUGGGAGUUGACCCGCGCUUUGCUAAGUGGUUCCGUGACGCUCAAUUAAAAAAGAUGCAAGCAGCAGCAGGAGGAGGAGCGGCAGGAGGAGGAGCAUCGGGAGGAGGAGGAGCAGGAGCAGGAGGAGCGGGAGUUGGCGGGGCUGGGUCCGGCAAGGAUGGGGCAGGUGCAGGCCUGGGAUCAGGUGCAGGCUCGGGUACAGGUUCGGAAGGGUUGGCUUCGGGAGGUCCUGCGGCCGCGGGCCAAUCAGGGGCUCCCACGUCAGCAGCAGGAGGGGCGGCAUCAGGGGUAGGUGGGGCUACUGGGGGGGUUGGCGGCAGGGAGGGAGGGUUAUCUGGUGUAGGUACACCUGAUGGCAAACUCGGUGGUGCCAGGCCUGGAGGCUCGGCAGCCGGAGCUGCAGGUUUGGCUGGAGUAGGGACAUCAGGGGCAGCUGGGGCGGGAGGAGCGGGAGGUUUGGCGAAGCAGCAGGGGCCUAGGAGUGUGAUACUAAAGGAUGUGAUUGCAGCGCUGGAGAGGGAACCUCAAAUGGCUAAGUCUGUUUUGAUGUUCAGGGUGUAUGAGAGAGAAGGGAGGGCCAAGGAGGGGAGGGAGAGAGAAGGGAAGGGCAGAGAAGCAGCGGUGGCAAGAGGAGGAGUGAAGGGAGCUACAGCUGGCGCUACAGCCGGAGCAACAGUUAAGAAAGCAGGGUCAGCAGUAGGAGUAGGUGCAGGAGCAGGAGCAGGAGCAGGAGCAAGAGUAGGAGCAGGAGGGGGAGGAGGUGGGGGAGGUAAAGGAACAACAGCAGUAACAGGGGGGGUUCAGGGUGGGUCAGCAGGAGUGGGGGGAAUUAAAGGCAUGACAGCAGGAGCAGGGGGGGUAAAAGGGGCAGCAGUGGGAGGAGGGGGACCAAAAGCCCUGGCAGCAGGAGGGGGAGGGGCGGGGAUGGGUAAAGGGGGAGGGAUGGUGGGAGGGACGGCUGGGAAAUCGCCAGCUGGAGUGAAAGCCAGCCCAGGUGGGGCUGUAGCGGCGAAGGGAAUGGGGAAUGGAGCACAUACCCCUGCCAUCAAGAAGUAA